AUGUUAUUACGUAGCAUUAGGUAUUGUUCAACGUUUCAAGCUUAUUUACAAGAACGUGAUCAUCUACGAAUGGCAUUACUUCUUAAGCAAUAUCCAAUAAAGUUUAUCGAUCAACAAUUUAAUCGUGUCCUCGAAAAAUUCAAUAUUCUUCAACCAUUUACAUCAACUAACUAUGAAACAAUUCAUUUACAAAUUAUCAAUAGUCCAAUUAAAGUUUAA